AUACAAUUAUAUCAUGAUCACUUAACAAUUUUAACUUAAAAUUAGAUGUAUUAUUACAAGCUUUUAUUUAGCUUGCGUUAUGUAAAUAAAAGUAUGUAGGUAUGUUCGUAUGUUGAUGCAAUUAUCCUCAAUCCUCAACCGACUGGGAUAAAAUUUUCCAUACACGUUUAUUUUGGAUGAUAGUGCAUAGUUAGCUGAGAGUCGUCAUUGGAUAAUAAUGGUGGAUAGCCUAAGAUGUGUACUAGAUAUUUAUUUUUAACAUAAUAUGCGUAAGUACCUAAUCGAAUUAAAGAAGUUGCUGAGAAAAAUACAGAACAAUACGAUAAUAAACUAGCGUCUGCGUUUAAUCCUCCGAGGAGAUGUAAUUUUACAAAGGUUUUUUGUAUUUAUUUUAUUAUUUUUUUAAUAAAUUUAUUGUAAAUAACAAGAAAUAAUCAUUGUAAAAAAAUAGGCACUCUAUUGUUGAAUUUUCGUCAGACCAACUAAUCAUCGUUCAUUUUUUUAGGUUCAAUGGGAGACCUAAAGAUUUACGCAUAUGGGAGCACUACCGUACUUUACCAAACAAGUCUGUUUCUUGCAAGCUUUGUAAUAAGGUCUACAAAUUCAGUAAUGCUGCCAAAAUGCUUCAACAUCUUAUCACUUGUCCAAAAUCUCCAGAAACAUUAAAAGACUCUAUGAAACUUAUAAAAGAUAGCUCGUCCAAAACCAAAAUGUCUGGACUGUCAGAGAUAGAGACAAAUGAUUCUUUUAUAAGCCCCUCGUCGUCUGCUAACACUACAAUAAAUGCUGAGUUUCAAGACACCGAUGAUCAUAUAAAAACAGAAUUAGCGAGAGCUAUAUUUGUAACAGGGACGCCAUUAUCGAUGGUGCAACAUCCUUUAUGGAUACAAUUUUUCGAAAAAUUGCAACCAAAAUUUAAAAUACCUUCACGUAAAGCUUUAGCGACAAAAUACUUAGAUAAAAUAUAUAGAGAAAUGCGUUUUGAGUUAAAUGAGGAACUAAAUGCUUGUAGUUACUUACACCUUCAGUGCGAUGGCUGGUCUAAUUUAAGAAAUGAAGGAAUAAUAAACUUUCUUAUAUCAAACCUCAACCUGCAUACGUUAAAAGUUUGAAUACAGAAAGUAAUCCUCACACUAGUGAAUACCUUAGCCAAGAAGUUGAAAAAGUAAUGAAAGUGUAUGGAGCAAAUAAGUUUCUUGUACUUAUUGGCGAUAACGCUAGAAAUAUACAAAAGGCAUUCGAAUUAACAAAACUCAAAUAUCCACAUGUUGUUCCUCUCGGUUGCUGUGCACAUAUCCUUAACUUGUUGUGCCAAGAUAUUGUAAAGAUACAAGAAGUAACUGUGUUUAUUAUGCAAGCCAUAAAUAUAAUAAAAACUGUUAUAAGGAGUCAACGAUUAAGUUCCUUGUUGAUAAAAUCAAGGCAGGGUGAAGAUUCUACACAAACACUAAAAUUGCCUUGUGCUACAAGAUGGGGAAGUCAUGUUACUUCGUUAAAAAGUUUGAAAGCAAAUAAGAUAGCUUUGCAAAUAUUAACAGUUAGAGAAGAUGUGGUAAUUUCAAGAGAUAUUAAAGAUUUAAUUCUAAGUGAU